AUGCAACUGGCUGCAAUUUCAGAUCAACUUCUUACGCUAAUCAGUAUGGCUGAAAAUUCUGAUGGAGAUGAUGACGGUCUAGUUGUGCUUCACCCACAUAUCAUGCAUGAUGAUAUUAUCAGCACAAUCGACACACGUCAGAGCGUUUACUGGGAUGCUUGCGCCGUUGUUGUCAUCCUUGCGAUUGUAAUAGGCAUUUUCGUUACAUCGAAUUUAUAUUAUUGCUGUGGUCAGGGCUUGUUCCUCGGCCUACCUAAAGAAAAGAAGUCGCACACAGAUAUUUACAAGGAAAUGAGAAAAAAGAGACCAAAGAAAAUGAAAAGCGAAGAAAUAGAUAUGAGCCUCUUCAAAGUGACGGAGCCACUAGUGCAUAUGAGAGACCUUGAAGGAGAAGUGAAGCAUGCGAUGGAUACAAUGAAAUCUGCUGAAAUUGUAAAAGUUCAAUUUGAUCCUGCACUCAACGAAUUCACAAGAAUAGGGUCUACAAUAGACGUAUUCAACAAGUCUCAUCGUAAGACCUUUGAAGAAUUGAGUCGGGAGAAAGUUGAUGAUGCAGUGACCAAAAAGCCAAAGGAAGCUUUGGAGAAAAAGCCUGGGGCACCGCAGGUUGAAAAGCUGCCGAUAGGAAAAGAAGAUAAGAACAGGGAAAUGGACAAGAGGAAAGAACAAAGGGAAAAGAAGGAGUUGAAAGAGAAGAAGGUGAAGGAUGCGGAAAUGAAAUCACCGGAAGAAGCAGGAGCGAAAAAGGAAGAUGCUGAAAUGAAGAAGCCAGCGGAAAGAUCGGGGGGUGGCGUUCCAUAA